UGUGUAGACAAAGGCCAUGACCUCUCAUGGCACCAGUGGUUGUUGCUUACGUCAGUGGCGCUGUUUUGUACGAAAAAGAUUUCCCUGAGCUCAACUUGUCCGUGGCAGAUCUGAAGUCAAAGCUGGAGCCAAUUUGUGGAGUUCCACCGCAGGAUCAGAUUAUCGCCUUGGAAUCAGAAGUAUUGGAUGAUUGCAUUGCCCUGCGCAGUCUCCCCAAUGAUGAGGCUGUGCUACGUUUGACAUUGAUUCGGUCCCUCACUCGCAUGGUGCUGAGUGGCGGACGAGAUAGGAAGCUCAUCCUGUGGGAUCUCCACAGUAGUGAAGCAGAUCGAGACUUACAUGGACACACGGAGUUGGUCUCUUGUCUUUGCGUCAACUGGCCGCAAGAGCGGGCUCUGAGUGGCAGUGCUGAUCGCUCCAUACAGCUCUGGGACCUGGCCAAUUGCAGAUGCCUCCUGGAGCUGCGAGGGCACACCGAUGCAGUCACCUGCCUUGCGGUGCAUUGGGAAAGCAAUGUGGCAAUCAGCGCUGGCUUGGAUCAAACACUGCUGUUGUGGGAUUUGGAUGGUGGUGAAGUUAUGAAGGAACUCAUGGAUCACGCCAGCCCGACAGUUUCUUUGGAAGUGGACUGGACCGGUCGGCAGGCGUUGGCUGUAUCUGCUGAUGGAGCCAUGCGAUUGUGGGACCUCCGGCAAGACUCUGCGGAGCAUGGAACUCAUGGUGGGUUUUCUGGAGAAGUUCAGCACCUCUUUGUGAAUUGGAGCUGCCUGCAAGCGCUGGUUGGCUGUUCAGAUGGCAGCAUUUUACUCUGGGAUCUCAGCCCUUUCCAAGUCUUGCAAAGUUGUGUGGCAGGGAUGCCAGCGACCUGCAUGUCCGCGAAACUCGAUCUAUCGGAAGUUGCACUUGCGUCUCCUGACGGUCUUCUAUACCUCUGGAGUUGCUACCAGACGAAGGAGACACAGACUCCCGACAAAGCCUUUGAGGUAGGCUGUGUGAAGUGCCUGGAAGUGGACUGGUCAGGCCGUAGUGCUCUAACCUUCGGAGCCUUCGGAGAGGAUGGGGAGGUGAAGUUUUGGAAUUUGACCAUGGGUCAGUGUUUGCGAGUGUUGGGGCAUUCCUGCGGCUUGGUCAGCUCCAUUUGUGUCAACUGGCCUUUGGCUUUGGCUGUCACUGCGGCCGGGCGCAGUGUGAAACUUUGGGACUUGUGCCGGGGGCGUUGUUUGCAAACUUUGGACCUUGGCCGCCUCGCAACUCUUGCAGUGGAUUGGCAGAAACAUCGACUCCUGGCUGCUGGAGAGGACUCGAUUCUCCGGCUGCGAGAAACUUUUCGACGUGGGAGGUGCAUUGGCAGCUUGCAGGGGCACAUGGAUACGAUCCUAUGUGUUGCAGUGGAUUGGGCAGGCUCACAAGCAUUGAGUGGCGGCAGCGACCGCCGCUUGAUUCUGUGGGACUUGGCGGAGUGGAAGGUUCAAAAAACCCUCCGGGGACAUGACGACGCAGUGCGCUGUGUAGAAGUAGAUUGGAAGCAGCGGCGUGCUAUCAGUGGCAGUUUCGAUCGUAGCAUCAUUGCAUGGGACCUCGACACCGGGGAGGCGGCGGCUCGUUUCUGUGGUCAUAGUGAUUGGGUUUGCUGCAUCGCUAUGGCUUGGACUGCUGGGCACUGCAUCAGUGGAGCACGUGAUGGGACACUGAGGCUUUGGGAUGUGCCUACGGCUUCUUGUAGCCUCACCAUGGAUGGUCAUACAGGUGCUGUAUGGACUGUAGCCAUGAGCUUUCCAGAUGCCUUUAGCAGUGGCCAGGACGGCCUUGUACGGCGUUGGUCCCUGCAGGAUAGCUGCUGUCUACAGGAGUUCCAAGCGCACCAAGAUGCAGUGAGGUGCAUGGAGGUGGAUUGGCAGUCGCAACAGCUGUUGACUGGGAGUUUCGAUCUAUCCUUGCGACUAUGGCCUAUCGAUUCCCAGGACUACAUCCAAGAGUUUGAAGGCCACAAGCGAGGAGUGACCUCCUGUAGUGUUGAUUGGAGUUCCGGCCUGGCAGUUUCUGGAAGUGAGGAUUGCUCCAUCCGGCUCUGGGACCUUUUUGCAGAGGAUGAUUCUGGCGACCUUCUUUUGGGGGGUCAUGAUGGGGCCGUGCUGUGUAUUUCGAUGGGAUGUGGCCCCUCUAUACGGCCGCGCAAAGGUUCAAAAGAAAUAGCUCCUGCUUGGGAAGAACAGGUCAUGCGAACUAUGGCUGGACGAGUUGUUUUUUAGUACCUGUACUUCUUGCUUUACGGUGCCAGUGCCUUGUAUUACUGAGAAGGCUGGAUGGGACGAAGGCGCGAAUGAAAAACUUUCAGACAUCAAAUCCUGCCUGGGCAUGUUACGUUAUGUUUAGUGAUCCCCCGUCAAUGUGUUUGUUAUUUUGGAUGGCUACCUCAUAAUGCUUUGUUAGGCGAUUGUGGCAUUCGUUUGCUCACAUUUUGUCAACGAUUUUAUGGCUUGGCCCUUGUCCGUCUAAUGUGUCCAGCGCUCUUGCCGAGCAGUUGCUAAGCCUGUUGCAGGCACCUGGGAGCAUGAGCCAUCAUUCAGCUUCAAGCGUUGCUGUCGCAGCAGACAUCAGAUGGUGGAGAUGAAACGGGCACGCGCUGGCAGCCCUCCACUGGAGAUGUUCAAAGAGGCAGAGAGGACAGCUACACAAUAGACCGUGGAACAGGGGAAUCUUUGAUGGUUGAAGCGAAGCCGGCGAAGCCCAAGCUGGCAUCAGUGCCUGCUAAAUGCGCGGCAUUUCCAACGGAUUGUGCACAUGAUUGGACAAAGGGAUCAAUCAACGUGUUUGAUCUUGGAUGUUGGCACAAGGGCUGCCACGUUUCUUCCCUUGACUGGUUCGGCAGGAAAAAA